GACUUUGCAAGGAACAAUACAAUAUUUUCAUUGCCGAUCUUCGGCCGUGAAAAAAUGUAUCGAUCUAAACCGAUACUGCGAGAACGGAUCGCGGCGCGAGCGCACGUAUAAAAUAAUUUAUUUUUUUUAUUUCGUACUGGCUAUCGAACGAACGUGCUGUCAACUUAAACAAAAAUUAAGAAUGAUAAGUGUAUGGUAAAAAAAGAAAAAUAUAUUGUCUGUUAAUUAGAACUGGCUGGUUGCAAAUCCAACAAAAAUAAAAAAGUUAAGUGUUGAAGGACUGAGGUGAAUUCAAAAUGGGUGUUGAGGAUAAUGUAGAAGAAAAAAAGCCAAGGUCGACCUUUGGCGUCCGGCAUAUCCAGGUGUUUAUGCUCUUCACGGGGAUGGUGCUGACUUACAGUAUGAGAGUCAACAUGAGCAUGGCCAUCGUCGCCAUGACGGACGAGAGAGAUCCAAAUUCUUUCAACUGGAGCGUUCAGACCCAGAGCGUGAUCCUGUCAUCAUUCUUCUGGGGGUACGUGGUGCUGCAGAUCCCUGGCGGAGAGCUGGCGGCCAGGUUCGGGGGCAUGGUGCUCAUUACCUUGUGCGUGGCCAUUAAUGCUGCUGUGUCUCUGCUGAUACCUAUUGGUGGUUAUUAUGGAGGCUGGCAGCUGAUCUGCGGCUGCCGCGUCAUUCAGGGCCUGUCUCAAGGGUUCCUGUAUCCUUCCAUGCACAAUUUGAUUGGAAAAUGGGUGCCUAUAGAAGAGAAAAGCUCCUUGGGGACGGUUAUUUAUGGCGGAGCCCAACUCGGCACAGCUCUUCAGCUGAUGGUAUCAGGGUUCAUAGCAGACUACUGGGGCUGGCCAUCCAUCUUCUAUAUGAACGGGACCCUUGGAGCCAUCUGGACAGUGGGUUAUGUCUUCUUGGGAUCUGAUUCCCCGCAAAAGUCGAGAAUGAUUGGCGAGGCUGAACGUUCUUACAUCCAGACGUCUCUGGGACAAGUCGGUGAACAGAAGAGACUACCGACGCCAUGGAAAGCAAUUUGGACCUCAUUGCCUUUCAUAUCGCUGAUCGUGGCUCACUGCGGUCAGAACUGGGGAUUCUGGACUUUAAUGACGGAGAUGCCUUCGUAUAUGAAGCUAGUUUUAGGAGUAGAUAUUAAAGCGAAUGGCCUGAUGUCAGCUCUGCCCUACAUGGCUAUGUAUAUCCUCAGUUUCCCACUUGGGUUUAUAUCAGACUAUACUUUGAAGAAGCAAUGGCUCAGCAUCACUACUUGCAGGAAGAUCAGUAACUCUAUUGGUCACUUCGGCCCAGCGAUAGCGUUGAUCGGCCUCUCGUACUCGCCAGCUGGUAACGUCACGGUCGCUGUUAUCCUACUCACCGUCGUCGUCGCCCUUAAUGCAGGACAUUAUACUGGAUAUUUGUUGGUGCACAUCGACAUGGCGCCAAACUUCGCGGGCACUAUGAUGGGCAUCACCAACUGCAUCGCCAACUUUAUAUCCAUCAUAGCGCCUCUUGCUGCUGGAGUCAUCUUACAAGAUGAGACGGAUCCUAAGAACUGGCUCAAAGUGUUCUACCUGUCGUCAGCGAUUUACAUCGUUUGCAACACGUUCUUCGUCAUAUUCGGCAGCAGUGAGAAGCAGAAAUGGAACGAACCUGACAAUGACAUUGAUGCAGUUUCAGAGAAGAAAACCCAGAAAGUAGUUUAAGAUUUAGUUUAAGUUGUAUAUAAUAAUUAGCUUUUGUAUAUAUUUAUGUUUAAUUAAAGCAUUUUUGGAAAAAUA